AUGAAGGAUAGAUCUGGCCAAGCGUCACUUGGGGAAGGGAUCAAAUGUUCAACCAUUACUCUAGAUGAGGCACGCAUGAAGGAGUUCGAUUUGAAAUAUAUGUGGAGGAGCCCAAAUGGAACAAUUAGGAACAUUCUAAAUGGCACGGUCUUUAGAGAGCCAAUUCUCUGCAAAAACAUACUCCGACUUGUCCCAGGUUGGUCUAAACAGAUAUGCAUUGGUAGACAUGCUUUUGGAGAUCAAUAUCGAGCAACUGAUACAGUUAUUCAAGGAGCUGGAAAACUCAAACUAGUUUUCGUACCGGAAGGGAAGGAUGAGAAGACCGAGUUAGCAGUUUAUAACUUUACGGGUGCUGGUGGAGUAGCUCUAUCCAUGUAUAACACAGACGAGUCCAUUCGCUCAUUUGCUGAAGCUUCAAUGAACAUGGCAUUACAAAAGAAAUGGCCUCUCUAUCUUAGUACAAAGAAUACCAUCCUUAAGAAGUAUGAUGGGAGGUUCAAGGACAUAUUUCAAGAGGUUUAUGAAGCAAAUUGGAAGUCAAAGUUUGAGGAAGCAAGAAUCUGGUUUGAACACCGUCUUAUCAAUGAUAUGGUUGCUUAUGCUUUAAAAAGUGAAGGUGGUUACGUAUGCGCUUGCAAGAACUACGAUGGUGAUGUACAGAGUGAUUUCCUAGUGCAAGGCUCUCUAUAG